AUGUCCGCUCUCGACGUCGAGGCGCUCCUCGAUUCGACCGCCAACGCCGCUCCAGCUGACCAGAACGGAUCCGCGAAAUUAAAGGAUGCAGAUGAUCGUCAUAAAAAUGAGCGCAACGACCGCCGUGAUCGAGAGCGUACUCGUGAUGGAAGCAGAGACCGUGAUCGCGACCGCAAGCGCCGUGACCGCAGCAGACCCAGAAGAGAGGCCAACGGAGAUAAGGAUCUGAUUGGGACGCCUGGAAGUGACCAUGGCAGUGCUCAGGGAAGUGUCAAGAGUAGGCGCAGAAGCCGAAGCCGUGAAGAAGAUCGCCGACACUCACGCCGCCACAGAGACAGCCCCGACGAAGGUGGCCGGAGAGAUGGUGAUUUUUACAGAGGGAAUGGUCGCACUCGCUCACGUUCCAGAAGCCCAAACAGAUACUAUCGUCCUCGAGGAGAUCGCCGAGACAGAGAUGAUCACGAAGGUGGCAAGCCUAGAGAAGACCGCCGAACCAGAAAUGAGGGACGACGAGCAAGUAGAAGCCCAAAGAGAGAGACUACACCCCCUUUGACUGAGGAUGAGCGUGAUCGCCGCACAGUCUUCGUCCAACAACUUGCUGCUCGUCUUAGGACUAAAGAACUAAUUGCCUUUUUCGAGAAAGUUGGUCCUGUUAAGGAGGCUCAGAUCGUCAAGGACAGAGUCAGUGGUAGAUCCAAGGGUGUCGGCUACGUUGAGUUCAAGAACGAAGAAUCGGUCCCUGCUGCUAUUCAACUCACUGGUCAAAAGCUCCUAGGAAUCCCUAUCAUUGCCCAGCUCACAGAAGCCGAGAAGAACCGCCAAGUCCGCAACCCCGAAGCAACCAGCAGUAACCCGAACCAGAUCCCGUUCCAUCGACUCUAUGUGGGUAAUAUCCAUUUCAGCAUCACUGAAAGCGAUUUGCAGAACGUUUUUGAACCUUUUGGAGAGCUCGAGUUUGUCCAGCUGCAAAAGGAGGAGCAGGGUCGCAGCAGAGGCUAUGGAUUUGUCCAGUUUCGAGAUCCUAGUCAAGCUCGUGAGGCCUUGGAAAAGAUGAAUGGGUUUGAUCUCGCGGGCCGACCAAUUCGCGUGGGUCUUGGUAACGAUAAGUUCACCCCUGAAUCUACCGCCAGCCUUCUCCAGAGAUUCCAGGGACAGAGCCACCAACAACAGUUCCAGGGUUCCGCAUUCUCCGGUGCUGGCGGACGUGGUCCACAAGCAGCCAAUGGAGGCAACUUCGAUCGUGCGGGAGGCCGUGAUAACGAAAAGAGCUCAGGAGGUGCUAGUGCCUUGGAUGACACCGACGUUGGCGGGGUAAACUUCAACAACUAUAGUCGAGAUGCAUUGAUGAGGAAACUUGCCAGAACAGAUGAACCAGCUCCCGCUACCAAGGGCCGUGACGAAAGACGAGAGGUUGUCAAACCAAAGACCGAGGCCAAGGCAUUGCCAGUCAAUGUCAACAUGGCAAGCAGAUGCGUAGUGCUCAAGAACAUGUUCGACCCUGCAGAAGAAGAAGGUGAUUCCUGGGAAAAGGAGUUGGAGGAUGACGUCCGCGCAGAGGCAGAGGAGAAAUAUGGCCACGUUGUUCACAUUUCUCUAGAUCCAAACUCCCAGGGUGACAUCUACCUGAAGUUCGAUCGGGUUCAAGGAGGCGAGAAUGCCAUCAAAGGUCUGAACGGCAGAUACUUUGGUGGGCGGAUGAUCAGUGCUACACCUGUUGUGGAUGCCGUCUACAGCAGUUUGUUUUCUCGAACACGCGCUAUCUAA